AUGCUCUUUUUUAGUUUCUUCAAGACUUUGGUGGACCAGGAGAUUAUCUUGGAGUUGAAAAACGACAUCGAGAUCAAGGGUACCUUGCGUUCUGUCGACCAGUACUUGAACUUGAAGUUAGACAAUGUCUCGACUGUGAACGAGAACAAGUACCCCCACUUGAAAGCCGUGAAGAACUUGUUUGUGAGAGGUUCCACGGUGCGUUACGUCCAUAUGAGUGCUAGCGCUGUCGAUUGCACGUUGCUACAAGAUGCGUCUAGAAGAGAGGCCAUGGCUCAGGCUGGCAAAUAA